AUGGAGGCGCAACUCGUACGACUCCUCGAUGAGACGCAGUUAUCACAAGAAGGUCCACGCAAGAACGCAGAAUGGCAGCUGAAGCAGCAAUACAGCAACACGGACUUCCCACUAGCCUUGACAAACAUUGCUGCUCACAACGACAUCCCGAUCAACACUCGUCAAUCAGCACUUCUCGUACUAAAGACUUUCGUACAAGCGUGCUGGUCGCCACAAUUCGAUGAGUUCAACGGCCAGUUGUUCGCGGAUGAAGCAAGGAGAGCACAGGUCCGGCAAGCUCUGCUAGAUCUUGCAUUGAGUGGACGUGACGAUGAGCGUAAGGUCAAAAGUGCAGCCAGUCUUGUCGUCAGCAAGAUCGCCACGGCAGAUUUCCCUGAUGAUUGGCAAGACCUGCUGCCAACCGUGCUGAACGUUAUCGGAACAGGUGCCGACGCACAGCUGCGAGGCGCUUUGAAGGUACUUGGAGAGUUGGUAGAGGACUGCUUCAAUGAGGAACAGUUCUUUAAGGUUGCGAGAAAUCUGGUGGGCGUUGUGCAUGAAGUGGCGGUAAACGACAAAAGGAGGCCGAUUCUACGGGCGCUUGCGGUUUCGGUGUUUAGAUCAUGCUUUGACUCGCUCGAAAUGGUCUUGGAAGACCACAAAGCCGCUGUGAAGAGUUUCGCGGAGGAAAUCCUGGCCAACUGGAUUCCUUUCUUCAUCAGCACGAUCAGAUCGGCAUUGCCGCCAGCUGCUUCGGACGAGGACGAACAGGACGACAAUGAGGCAUUCGAACUCCAUCGUGGAGCAAUUGCACUGAAGCUACAGGCUGUCAAAGUCUUGAUGCGGAUCCGCUCAGUCUUCCCCUCAACUCUUACAGCCCACAGCCAAACACUGUUCUCAAGCAUUUGGGAAGAAUUGUCCAGAUUACUGCCACAGUACUACGCACUGUAUAUCGAGGACGAUCGACAAGGACGUCUCGAAGAUGCUGAUGGUCUGCCAUACACACUCGACUUCUUGGUUUUGGAAGAACUUGACUUCUUGCAAGCCUGUUUGCGAGCGCCUCCAGUACGAAAAAGCCUCGAGCAGCAGCUGCAAGCGCGAGGCGCUACUGUUGAGGGCAGCUGGGUCACCGAGCUCAUCAAACUUGCUUGCGGCUACUCGCAGAUCACUACAGAAGAGGAAGGCUUGUGGGACAUCGAUGUCAACAUCUUCCUCUCCGAAGAGGCAAACGUGACUGCGAACUACACACCACGGACUGCAUGCGGCGAUCUCAUGGUCAAACUUGGAGAGUGGCUCAACGCAGCAUCAGUAGAAGGUCUGCUAGCGUACACGCGCUCGCUGUACACAACAAACGCGAGCUGGAAGCUCAAAGAAGCUGCAUUGUAUCUGCUUAGCCAAAUACUUUCCGACUAUCAGGACGUCGAGAAGAAGAUAGGCGCAGAGGCUGCCAAGGGCUAUGUUGACUUCAUCCAACAUGCUGUACAGGAGGAGUCCGUCUUCCUACGGGCCCGUGGUUAUCUAGUUGCUGGCAGUCUGACAAGGACAUCUGGCGAUGCAUUGCAGUCGGUCGCCGCGAACUUCAUGCAGGCCUCAUUACAAGCCAUCGACCACGACUCUUCGGAUAUAGUCAAAGUGUCUUGCAUCCGCGCGCUCCAAUACUACCUAGCAGCACUCCCACCAUCAGUCACAGUGCCCAAGCAGGCGCAUAUUAUCUCAGCCCUUUCAGGCUACCUCGACACGCAAGACAUCAAUGACCUGACUGACAGCGACGAUCUACUGAUCGCUAUCAUCGAAACAUUGAGGGACACGAUACUGAAGGACACAAGCCGCUGCUUGACCAAUGGCGGGCUCGAUCUUCUCUUCACUAUCGCCAGCAAAGGCGCCACGAACUUUCAGAUCGCCUUAAUGGUUGCCGAGACUUUUGAGGAGGUCGCCAGCACUAUUUCAGCUAUAGGUGCUGAGCAGUAUGCUCAACUGACGGCCAGGGUUGUGCCUUCUCUGAAUGGUGCUUUCGACGUAGCCACACUGACCGAGGAGAAUGCGCUCGCCAACCUAUCCGCCGAGCUGUUGUCGGUCAUGGCGGAGAAUGGCACCACACCAAUGCCACCAGGCUUCGUCAACAGCGUCAUGCCACGUCUCAACCGACUGCUACUUGGGUCGCAAGAUGACGAGCUCCUGCGAUCCGCCACAGCCGCCAUCAAACACAUGCUCAACCACGACCCAGACCAAGUCUUCGCCUUCCACGACCAAGCCGGCAAAGGCGGCCUAGAAGUCGUCCUCAUAAUCAUCGACCGUCUGCUCAACCCUUCAGUGGUCGACAACGCCGCCUCAGAAGUCGGCGGCCUAGCGGCCGAGGUCGUCGAGAAAGCCGGCAGUGAACGACUGGGACCAUACCUCGUGCAGCUACUACGAGCCGUCGCUGUGCGUCUCGCCUCCGCAGAACAGGCCGCUUUCAUCCAAAGCCUGAUUCUCGUCUUCGCUCGACUUUCGAUGACAGCCGCACAAGACGUCGUCACCUUUCUCGCAGACACCCAGAUCAAUGGCCAGAGCGGCCUCAACGUCGUCAUAAGCAAAUGGUUGGAGAAUUCCAUCAACUUUGCUGGUUACGACGAUAUACGACAGAACAUCAUAGCUUUGACUAAACUCUACACCCUCCACGAUCCCCGCCUCACCCAAAUCAUGGUGAAAGGCGACCUCCUCGCCCCCAAAACCGACCGCAUCAUGACCCGUUCACGCGCCCGUGCCCAACCAGAUACUUACUCUUCCAUUCCUGCCCAACUGAAGAUCAUCAAAGUGCUUGUCGAAGAACUCCUGUCUCCCUCCGCCAAUGGUACGAGCGCCAGGGAAUUGGCAGCUGCGGAGCUGGAUCCAGAUGAAGACGAUGAUGAUGGCGAUGAGUGGGAGGACGACGGGGACGGGUUUGUGGAUUUAGGGACAGGGAUGAGUAAGAGUCAAUUGAUGGCUUUUGGGGAGGUUGAAGGGAGUUUUGGUGAUGACAGUGCGGGUGGACGAGGUGGCAGGGAUGACGAAACGCAGAAGUAUCUCGAGGAGUUCUUCCGUGCGCAGGCGAAUGAGCCGGGGUUUGCGGACGUGUUUGCGAAUUUGAGGGAGGAGGAGAGGGAGAAGUUGAGGGCUAUGGGGGAUGCUUGA